AUGAUCCCUCAUCCAGGUGUAUUGUUCUCCUCAUCUCCACAAGACUGUGACAUCAAUGAGAAGGUGAUGGCUCUGACCUUCCUUUGUCUCUACAUCAUGUUGUUCAUUCCUGCUCUCCUUCUUAACGGCGCGGCAGCUUGGGUCUCGCUCCACAUUCCUGCCAAAUCCACCUUCAUACUUUACCUGAAGAACCUCAUCGCCACCGACCUGCUCACUACCCUGACCAUCCCUCUUAUGGCCUCCGCCGACCUGCCCGGGGUGCCGAAGGAGCUGAAGGCCUUCGCCUGCCGAUACUCCGACGUUCUCUUCUACUUCUCCAUGUACAUCAACAUCCUGCUGAUGGGGCUUAUCAGCCUGGACCGCUUCUUCAAGAUCGUCCAGCCCUUCGGGAGGCUGCUGUGUCAGACCCUGGCCUUCGGCGCGACUCUGUCUGCCUCCAUGUGGAUCCUGCUAUUCAGCGGCACCGUGGUUCCGACUGUCAUCCUGACCAACCAGAGGCCCGCCAACGCGUCGGGGAACAACUGCAUGGCCCUGAAGAGCCCCGCCGGAGUGGACGUUCACGAGUUCAUCAUCUUCUCCAACCAGAUCAUGUUCUGGGCCGUGUGCCUUCUGACUGUCUUCUGCUACGCGUGCAUCGCCAAGAAGGUUCUGCAGUCUUACCGGAGCUCUGGGAGCAGCAAUGACGAGGGGAGGCGCAAAACGAGAGUGCGGGUCUUCAUCGUCCUGGUGGUGUUCUUCGUGUGCUUCGUGCCAUACCACGCCGUACGUGUUCCCUACACGCAGCUGCAGACUAAUGGUGGCCACGUCUGUAAAAAAGCAUCACUGAGAAUUGCCAAGAAGUUCUUCCUGUGGCUCUCCACCUCCCACGUCUGUCUGGACCCCCUAAUAUACAUUUACCUUUGCAGACCCUUCAGAGAGAGGUUGCGGGAAAUAUGGCGGCCUCUGCUGUUACAUCCCCAAAACAACAAUGCCACCAACGAUGCGAACAUUGUGUUGUGUUAG